CAUUGAUUGUACAACCUAUAAUAUACAUAUUCCUUGAUUUAGAUUUGUUUUUGACAUAUCUAAUGUUAUACGAUAUAAUGGAAUGAAAGUCCUUUAAUACUCGUUUAAUUCUGUAUAUUUCAGCUAACAAUCCGAAUUAUCAAAAAUGAGUUCAAAGGACAAGGAUAAUAAAACUUUACAUGACAAAUUGAAGCAAUUCUUUCGUAUUAAUAAAGGAAAUUAUAAGAGUCGUGAAGAUUUUACAUUGUCACACGACAUUGAAAAAGAAAUUAGUCCUGACAGUCCAGUACAUCAUCGUACUAAAGUUAUUAAAGAUCUUUGUGAUGCAGUACUUAAUCAACAAUGGGAAGAUAGAGCAGCUGAACGUUUAUGGAAUUUAGUUCAAGAUCUACUAGGAAAGGAUAUACCACGCGAACACAGACAUGUAACAUUAAAUUUUUUAAGAUGUCUUGUACAAGGUCAAUAUUCUAAAUUAUCUGCUUUAAUGCGAGUCAAAUUUUUCAUGGUUGUGAAAGAUCAUAAUAUUCCUGAAGAUAUUGGACCUAGGUUAGAAUUACUUCAAAGCUUAACAGAAAAUGGAAAGGAUAUUUUACAUUUGGAGGAAAGAAUGGGCCCAUUUUUAUUAGAAUGGCUACCAACGGUAACUAACGAUGAUGGUAAUCGGGGUGCUGAAUUUCUAUCACUCUUAGUUAACAUCAUUAAAUUUAAUUCUGCUUACAUCGACGAACAUAUUAUAUCGGGUCUUAUUCAGUGUAUUUGUCAUCUAUGUUAUUACAGUAAUAACACAGAUGUAGUCUCAGGAUGUUUAGAGGUUCUUGAUGCAAUAGUAUGUUACAGUAAUUUACAACCGGACUCAUUACAGAUGUUCAUUAUAGCGUUAUGCAGAAGUGUCAAUGUUGAAACGUAUUGUCAGAUAAGCUGGAAGAUAAUGAGAAAUUUAUUGGGUACUCAUAUGGGACAUUCUGCAUUAUAUACAAUGUGCCGUUUAUUACAAGAUACAAAUUUUCAACGUGACGUACGGCUCCUCAGAGGUGCUGUUUUUUAUGUCAAUAUGGGACUAUGGGGUACACAUAGAAUUCCUAAAUUAGUUUGUACGCCGACAUCAGUUCUACCAUCAUUUCGUCAGGCUUUACAAUGCAAUCAUCCAAUUGUAAUGUAUGAAGUUACAUUAUCGAUUCAAAGAUUAGUAAAUAAAUGUGGUGCUGAACUUCAUGAACCAACAUGGAGCAUUAUUCUUGAUAUCAUAGAAGAUAUAAUCGUACAUACUGAAACUAGUAAUCAACCAGCCACCAAACAAGUAUCGAUAAGUUUGCACGAAACAAUAAAUAAUAUUGAAAAUCUGCUUGAUAUUAAUCAUUAUAACGGUUAUGUAGAAAGAUUUUAUAAUCUUGUAGAACGUUGCAGUAACGUACGCUCCGAAUCCUCGGUUUUAAAAUUAAUUGAAUACAGAGCUUCGAGAAUAAAUCCUAUGCACCAUCAUUGGCAAUCUAGACUCUUAUCAUUAAUGGAACUUUAUUAUAAAACAGAUAUGCGCACUAAUAUAAGAGUAAAAGCUCUUAAUGUAUUAGCUAAUGUGAUUCAAGUUAAUAGGCCGCAAUACGAAGAUGAAUUAAUAGAACGCACGGUUGUACCUUAUUUGCAACACGUUGAUAUAGAUCCAGAUAUUACAAUUCGUAAUGUAGCUGCAUAUCUUCUGGUGGACCUUUGUUUAGAGUGCGAGACAAAAAGAUGUUUGGAAUUUUUAGAUAUAUUAGAAAAGAUAAUUAAUAGACCAUUUACAUCAGAUACAUUAAUAUCAACUGAUGCUGAUAUAAAGGAUAUAAAAACAGCUGUCGUUGGUAUAAUAAAAAUACUUACUUUUAAAAUGUAUCAUUUGCCAUCGAGUCAUGCCAUUUGUGCUUACAAAAUUUUAGUAAAUCAUCUUGAACAGCAUUAUAAAGAUCCUUCUAUUUUUCAUAAUGUAUCUACAAUUAGAUAUCUGAUUUUUGACUGCUUUUUAAAAAUCAGAUCAAACACUUUAUAUCAUCUUGGUUUCUUGGACUCAUCAAAUGCUACAGUAAUACGUUACAGUCCUUACUUAGUACUGGAACAUCCCUCUUCAGAAAGAAUUAGUAAUGCUGGUGGUAGUAUCAGUCCUCCACCUGUUAGUCCUGCGCCAUUGCAGCAUACUUCUUGUCAGAUUACUCAUAUGUCUUUAACAUAUGCUUGUAAAGCUGUUAUUUCUUGUAUAAAACAAGAAAAAGAUUGGAAAGUUUUACAACUUGUAUUAAAAGAAUUGCCACAAAUUAUGCAAAACAGAGCUUUGAUAUUAUCGUGGCAUACUAAUGAUAUUGAUUUAUUUGCUACAGCAUUAUGUUCCAUGGUUAUUGAUAAAAAUUUAAAGCUACCAGAAUAUAAUGCACCACCUAAAUUUACUCUUUCUGAAUUUCGAGUUUAUGUCUUUCCGGUAUUAGCAUCUUUGACAUCGUACCAUGCCUACUUGGAACCUAAUUUACAGCAAAGACUAAUCAAAUGUUUAGAGAUUGGUUUGACGACAAAAUGUGCUAGUCAAUGUGUUACUAGCCUUACGACUUGUACUUUAGAAAUGCGUGGUGCUAUGAAUAAGCUUUUAACUGAAGUACUUUCAAUCUUAACAAAAAUCUCAGCUACAGUCCACAUUGCUAUUCCUAUAUUGGAAUUUCUGUCUACUCUUACUAGAUUACCAAAGGUUUUCGCCAGUUUUAUUGGAGAUCAACAUAUGUCUGUAUUUGCUACACUAUUGCCAUAUACUAAUCCAUAUAAAUAUAAUCAUUAUACAGUAUCAUUGGCUCAUCAUGUAAUUGCUGUAUGGUUUUUGAAAUGUAGAUUAUCGUUUCGAAGAGAUUUUGUUAAAUUUAUCAUUACGGGUCUUAGAGCAAAUGUAAUAGUUCCUUUCGAAGAAGGACAUUUAAUGAAAUCUGAUUUUAGUUUAAUUAAUGAAGAUUCUUCAAGUAGAAAGCGUAGUUCUAGUCUAACAGAGCAGGGCAGUAGAGGUAGAAGAGAAAGACCAAUAAUGACUAAUCGUAGUAUGAUAGGAGAAAGUAGAGCCUUAGAUUUGAAACCGCCAAUCGAUGAGACAUUAAGGAGUUUUCAUAUUGAACUCACGGAAACUUGCAUUGAUCUUAUGGCUCGAUAUACUUUCUCAACUUAUUCCGCUCGUCCUAAAAGAUUAGCAGCAACAGAUUUUCUUCUUAAGGAAGGCCAAUCUAUGACGUGGCUUCUUGGUAAUAGACUUAUUAGUGUUACAACAAGUGGCUGCAGUAAUAAAGCAAUGCGUGGCGGUUUAUGUGACAAUUGCUGGGUAGCAUGUAAAUCCAGGCCUCAAUCACCUGAACAUAUAAAGUCCUCCCAAACAAAUUUACGCAGAAUAUCUAGUUUGGAGAUUGGGAAAGAAGAAAAAUUGUCUAGGCAAUCUUAUAUCGGACACGGAAAUUCUAAUGCAAAUACUACUGCAAAUUCUACUGCAAAUUCUACUGCAAAUUCUACUGCAAAUUCUACUGCAAAUACUACUGCAAAUUCUACUGCAAAUACUACUGCAAAUUCUACUGCAAAUACUACUGCAAAUUGUCCAAUCGAAGAAUCGAAAAAAUCAAUAGACGAUAUGGAUAAUACAAAACGAGAAAUUCUCAUAGAAAAGAAUAAAAAAGAUCAUAAAAAGCAAUCAAAAUUAGAACAAAUACUUGAAAUAAAAAAAGAUGAAGAGCAUGUACUUUGUGCUUGUUGGUGUCAAGGUUGGGCUGAAAUAUACGUGCGCAGACCUACGGGCGAUAUGUCUUGGAUUAUGAGAAUUCAAAACUCUAUGCAAUUAGAAACUCCAAUGGAUUUUCCUGUAAAUGACAUUAUGGCUCUUUAUAUGCCACUUCCAAGUGAUGGUGUAUCGAGUAGGCAACAAGAAUCUACUGUAGAUUACUCGGGAGAUGAAGGAGAGGAUGGAUUGGAUAAAAAUGAUUUUCCACAAAGCGAGCAAAGUAGUAUAAUGAAAUCAAUGACUUCUUCGUCUGUGUCUUCAGGGCCAAUUGCAAUACCUGGUUCGCCUGCUCGUCCAAGUCCCUCACGUCAAAGUUCACAAGAUAGUUUCGAAAGUUUAGAGGAAGGCGAGGAUGUAGAUAUCAGGAGGGCUCGAAAUCCAGUACGUAGAUCAAACUCAAGUCCAGAAAUGAGUGCCAAUUGGAAAAAUCCAUUUUUAAAUAAAGAAAAGAUUAAUUUACAACAAUUUGAUAAAGAUCUAUCUGCUAUGGAUGUAGACAUUAAAUUAGAAGCAGAAUUGAAAAAGCACGCAAAAACUAAUUUUUCAAAAGACAUGAGAGUAAGUUAUGAAGCAAUACCAGAAGAAAUGUUUAGCAUGGGUACUACACCACCAUCGUCAGAAAAUACCGCGGCAGAUCAUCCAAGUACCUUACGAUCACAGCGUUCGUAUCCUGGAGCAACACAAGCGACGCAAAUAACUACUAAUAGUAAUACUGUACCGCCAUCGCCAACUACUGCACAGGCACCUGGAAAUUUCUUGACAACGCAAGUUCGUACCACGCAAAUGCAAUCAACAGGAACGAAACCUCCGCAAUCGCCAACACAGAUUUAUCCUCGUUUGGUUAAUUAUGACACUAAUCAAAAACAAAUACCGAUAGCUAGUGAAAAUAAACCUCCUAUUGGUAAAAAUCUACUUGUCGAUAAGAAAGAUGAAAGGCCGGAUCCGUCUGCAUUACCACCUUUACCAAUACCUUUCCGCGAUAGAGGACAUACCAUCUCUGUAAUGAGUCCAGUUACAAAAUCCCGUAAUGAAUGGAAUAGCGCUCGACGAGGUAAUUCACCACGUAUUAAGGAAUCCCCUCGGACCGGUAUUAACCCUAGUUUUGUAUUUUUACAAUUAUAUCACACUGCACAUUUUGGUCCUACAACAGAAAAACCAUUAUUAGUUCCUCAAACAACUGCUAUACAAAGAGCAGUGACAAAUUUAGAUAGAAUACAGCCAUAUGAAACCCAUAAAAUUGGAGUAUUAUAUGUUGGUCCAGGACAAGUUUCCAAUGAGGUUGAAAUAUUAGCAAAUCAGCAUGGUUCUGAUCGAUACAUGAAAUUUUUAAAAGAUUUAGGAACUUUAAUCCGAUUGAAAGAUGUAGAUGAAAGUGUAUUUUUAGGAGGAUUAGAUCGCAAUGGCGAAAAUGGAAAUUUUGCAUAUAUAUGGCAAGAUGAUGUUACACAAGUUGCAUUUCAUGUAGCUACAUUAAUGCCAACAAAACAAAGCGAUCCAAAAUGUACUUCUAAAAAACAACAUAUUGGAAAUGAUUAUGUAACUGUUGUUUAUAAUGAAUCAGGAGAAUCGUACAAUAUUCAAACUGUCAAGGGGCAAUUCAAUUAUGCUUGCGUUGUAAUCCAACCUUUAGAUCAUGGCACUAAUCAAGUAACGGUACAAGCAAGAGAAGAACUUGCAGAGCAUAUUGGUCAUAGUGAACCAAAAAUCAUUUCCGAUGAAAACCUAGCUAUACUCGCACGUCAGCUUGCUUUGCAUGCAAAUCUAGCCUCUAUGGUUUCUUCUUCCAUAAAACAAAAUAGUCAUAAUCCAUAUGCUUCCAAUUGGUUGGAACGUUUGAGACAUAUAAAAAGACUUAGAAGCAGAGUUCUACAAGAAUCCGUAAAUAAUAAUUCUGAAGGUAAUUCAGAUGAUUUAUCACCAAGAUCGAGUAAACGAGUCUAUAUGGAUGACUUUACCGAAUAUACAACAUAAAUUUAUUUAAAAAAUCAUGUUAUAUACAAAAGUUAAGUCAUUAAAAAAAGAAAUAUAUAUAUAUA